AAUACAUAUCCAAACAAUAGAUGUUCUUAUGAUGCAGUGCUUAUGACAGCCAGAAACUCUCUCUUCUCUCCACCAGAAAAGAAGGAUAAUUUCCUGGUUUUUGUCUUCCUCUACCCACUGCAAAUCCCUAGUUUCUAUGUUUUUGUUUUCUUAUCAGUAAACAAUAUCUCUUUCUUUGGGGAGCAACAAGAAACCAAUAAGCAAAUUUAGAAAAGAAACAAGAGAGUUUGGUGGAAGAAAAUUUAAGAGAAAGAAAGACAAAAGGGUUUUCAACCCAAACAAAAAAAAAAAAAAAAAAAAAAUUCAAACUUUUUAUUUAUUUAUUCUAUUUUCUUUCUCUUUCAAUGUCAAAUAUCACAGGUGAAGGUGGAAGUUUCUCUUCUGGGAAUAAUAAUACUGCAGGUGUUGGAGAAGUAGAAGUUCCUCACUUCAAUUCCAUAGCUUCAAGCACUACUACAACUAUUACUACUACCAACAGCAAUGGCUCAGCUGCUCAACAACCAGUUAAGAAGAAGAGAAACUUACCAGGAAAUCCAGACCCUAGUGCAGAAGUUAUUGCUUUGUCGCCAAAUACCCUAUUAGCUACAAACAGAUUUGUGUGUGAAAUUUGCAAUAAAGGCUUCCAGAGAGACCAAAAUCUGCAGUUGCAUCGUAGAGGACAUAACCUACCAUGGAAGCUCAAGCAAAGAACGAGCACUGAAAUAAGGAAAAGGGUUUAUGUUUGUCCAGAACCUUCUUGUGUUCAUCACAAUCCGGCUCGAGCAUUAGGUGAUCUUACUGGUAUUAAGAAGCAUUUUUGUCGAAAACAUGGCGAAAAGAAAUGGAAAUGUGACAAAUGCUCUAAGAAAUAUGCAGUUCAAUCUGAUUGGAAAGCUCAUUCCAAGACCUGCGGUACUAAGGAGUACAAAUGUGACUGUGGCACUAUUUUCUCCAGGAGGGAUAGCUUCAUCACUCAUAGGGCUUUUUGUGAUGCCCUAACAGAAGAAAAAAAUAAAGCAAACCAAGGAAUAUUAAUUCCCAACAGUAAUAUUAAUAAUAAUACUAUUGGACCAAACCUUAUAUCCAUGCCUAUAAACAGCAAUGAAGAUCAAUCUACCUUAUUAUCCCCAAACUUUAAUCAUAUUGACCCAAAAAUCCCAUUGUCUCUGCCACAUGAACUCACGCCAUUGCCACCAAAACCCUCAUCAGCAACCCUAUUUGGUGGUGCAAGAAAUUUAAUAAUGGCGAAUAAUACUUCUCCAUCUUCCCUUCAGUUAAAUGCCAAUUCAUCAUCGACAAGUUUUGAAGGAAAUGGGAAUUUAUUGGCAGCUGGGUUUGCUUCAAUGUCUGCAACUGCUUUGCUACAAAAAGCAGCUCAAAUGGGUGUAACUACAGCUAGUACUAACUUGAACUCUCCUACCAUGAAUACCCAUAAGAGCUUUGUCACUUCUACUAGCAUGGCACCAUCAACAUUUGAUGAUGAUGAUCGAGUGACACGUGGCAAUGAUGGUGGAUAUUUGAUGGUUGCAAAUGAUUUGGGUAUGUUCAAUGGGGUUUUAGAACAAAACAGUGCAUUAUUCAAGAAUAUUCAGCAAGAAAAUAGCAAUAAUAAGAACAAUAAUAGCCACAUUCGAAGUGGGUUAUCAAGAUUUAGUGGGGACGUGAUGACUACUGUUGAUUUCUUGGGAGUAGGAGGAUCAAGACAGAGGAGUAUUUUUCAGGAACAUCAAAAACAAGAAAUGGAUCAGUUUAGAGGAAUGGCUCAUCAAAGAAUGCAAGGUUUGGGUCACUUCGAACAACAAGCAUCAGCAUUGGAAAAACCCAUGUGGGAUAUCUGAAAAAAAUAAAGUUAUUCAGAACAUCUAGCUAGCUAGUCCUCAUUUGUAUAAUUGAAUUCUAUGUACUUUAAAAAAAAAAAAAAAAAGUUUCCCUUCCGCCAUGUAUCAACCUCACUUGCUAAAGAGCAAGAAGACGAGGAUUUUUGGCUCAAAUUUAGCAAUUUAAUAUGAGUAAAAUGAACUUUUAAAAAAAGAAAAAAUCCUGUAAUAUA